GCAAGGGAGUGAGCGUACUGUGGACGACACGUACUGCAAUCAGACGAUAAGGUCUGACAGGCGACCAGAAGGAGACGAAGAGAUAGGGAGAUGGUUACAGACCCCGGCGAGGAGAGGCCAACGAGAAUGGAUGGAAAUGACAUGUUUGCAGUCUACAUAUAUUAAACAAAAACUGUGAGUUCUGCAACUCGCUAACUGUAAUUUUUGGAAACGCCAAAUCUUCACAGGACCGGGCAUUCACUGAUGGUUGGCACCAUGCUUCCUCGCAGUAUGCGUACCACUGUUAUGGACCUGCCAGGGGUGGGGCCAAGGGAUGUGCCCCUGAUUGGCUAUCGGCCUUUGCAGCCUGAGACUGACAACUCCAGUGGUGAACCCGGGAAACAAGCAGACAACAGGCAGUUGGAUGCGCAACAGACAUGAUGGAGGUAGCAGAGUGCCUAACUGAAUCUGCGCUGAACAUCUCACUCAGUUCAACCUUAAACACAGCAAACUACAGAAACCUGGGGAUGGCGUUGGAGUACAGGCUUGGAGAGGGAAUGGGGGGUGGAUUCUUCACCAAUGAAGACAACAUGGUACUGCCCACUGGACAUGUCAUCAGUGUCAGAAAAGCAGGAGGAUGGGGUGAUCUACACAGUCAAACAGCAGAAUGUCUCCCCCACCUGUCCAGCGCCAAUGACCUCGCGUUCUCAGUGCGUGAAAGCAGGGACUGAAGAGAAGCUGGUCCGUCACCUCCUGCACUCCUUCUCCAUGGGGGACUCCUCUUAUGUCUCUAUAUUCCUCUCCACCUACCGUUCCUUCACCUCCACACAGAGAGUGCUGGAUAUUCUCACUGACAGACUGGAGCAUCCACCCGGGGAGAACAGACAGAGCCAGAGCAGACUGGCCUUCAACAUGGCAGUGUGUUCAGUCUUCAGCGCAUGGCUGGCUGAGUAUCCCGAGGACUUCCGCUCCCUCUCAGAUCCAGCCCCCAUCCUCCGUCUCGUCCCCCUCCUCCCCACAGACUCCUCUGGGUCAGAGGUCAAAGGUCGGUUACUGCAAAUCGCUGAAGAACUGAGUGAGAAGACACUGCUGUGUGACUCUCCUACAGAUAGCAUCACCUCUGUGUUCACGCCCACUGACCCUGCCAAGUUUGAUGCCACCAACAUUCUGGGCUUUCCUGGUCAGAUGAUUGCCGAGCAGCUGACCAUGAUAGAGACGGAGCUCUUUGUGCGUCUGGUUCCCUACCACUGCCUGGGCUCUCUGUGGUCCCAGCGGGAUAAGAAGGGGAGAGAGGGGCUCUGCUGGUCCGUCCGGGCUACGGUGCGGCAGUUUAACCGGCUGGCCAACGCCGUGACGGCCUCCUGCCUGUGGAACACGGGCCUGCGGACCCAACAGAGGGCCCGGCUCUUGGAGAAGUGGAUCCGUGUUGCAGAGGAGUGUCGUGCCAGGAAGAACUUCUCUUCGCUAUACGCCAUUGUGUCUGCCCUGCAGAGCAACCCCCUUCACCGGCUGAGAAGCACCUGGGCAGAGACAGACAGGGAGGCCGUGAGAAGGUAUGAGGAGCUGUCAGACAUCUUUUCUGAGAAAGACAACUACUCCCAUAGCCGCGAGCUGCUCAAAGAGGAGGGCACAUCAAAAUUUGCUAACUUGGACACUAAGAUAAACCACGGAAGGCAAGUCGGGUCUGUGGUUCAGGGUACUGUCCCCUACUUGGGCAUGUUUCUCACAGACCUCACCAUGCUGGACGCAGCAGUUAAAGACCGACUGGAGAAUGGCUAUGUCAACUUUGACAAACGAAGACGGGAAUUUGAAGUUUUAGCUCAAAUAAAACUCCUGCAGUCCUCUUGUAAAAAUUGCUCUUUCAUCCGUGAUGAGGCUUUUCUACAGUGGUACCAUAGUGUGCCCACUUUGAGUGAGGAGGAGAGCUACAGACUAUCCAAUCAGAUUGAAGGGCUGUCUGAAUCAAGCCUUACUCGUGGCUUGAAUCCUACAGUUGUAAUCACGAGCUGCCCAGACAUUCUCCCAUCAGAGACCAGCCCUGCCUUUGAGAAUGAAGGGCUUUUUGAACUUCCUUCACCUGUCAAUCACCUGCUUUCUAAACUUGCCAAGCACAUGAAAUCACCCUCGGUUUCCUGUCUCGAUGUGGAUUCCUCCCCAUCAUCCACUGAUCAAACCCCUUCCACAUUGACCCCGUCCACCAACGUCGUCAAAUCACAUCGUCGCUCUGUUUCCUGUGGCAACACUCCAGCCAAAAACAGCCAAGGGGCUGGGCCUGAUAUGCGAAUCAUCAGGAUACGAAUGGACAUUGAAGAUGGAAAUUUAUAUCGCAGUAUACUGGUGACAAGCAAUGACAAGACUCCGUCUAUAAUCAGCGCUGCCUUGGUAAAGCACAACCAGGACCCCAAAGAAGCCUGCCGAUAUGAGCUGAUCCAACUGUUGCCUGAUGGAAAAGAGCUGACAAUACCGGCCACAGGAAAUGUAUUCUACGCUAUGACAUCCUCCAGUGUGGACUUCGAGUUGAGAAGGCAGGGAAUGACCACACCUCUUGGCUCUCAUUCGUUCAGUAGUGAGACCAGUGCCACCUUCCCACGAAUCAAAGCAAAGGGACGGAGACUGGUCAGGACACUCUUUUGACAUCAUCUGUCUUUUGUAACCCCAAUUAAACACCAAGCAUCACUGCAAAUCGCACAGCUUCUAAAGGAGGUUCUGGCAGAACUUUGAAGCAAUGCAGUCUUCCUCUCCUGUUCAUCUAAACUGAUUUUUGCUGUGUUUUGAGAGUUCCUGGUGAUUGAAAUGUCUCCUUCAGCUCAUCACUCAAUUCGUGAAGGGCUGAUUAACAUGUGUUACUUCUGUCAGAUGUGACACCAACAAAGACCAUAAAUGAUUCCUUUCCAUAAUGGAGUCAGGUAAAUGACCCAAGAAUGUAAACACUCCCUGUGGGAAAAAAAAAGUAUUCACUGGUCUAUGUGUGCUGGUUUUAUGUGCUGCACUGACCUAAAUACAGUCAUGGAUGAAUGCAAAACUUUGGCACACCCAAAAGAAAUCACACACCGGCCUGUAUAGAUGGCAGGUGGUCCUGGAGUUCUGUUUCUCAGGGAACAUUAUAUUCAUAUAAGAUGUGAGUAAUUUUUUCCCCCACAAAUAAGAUCAGUAGUAAAGUUGAGCCUAAGGUACCCGAAUCUGGGCUUCUGGGCACAAAUCUCAGGUGAGACACUGGCAUUGUGCACUUGAGAAAGGUACUUCAGCGAUUACCUUAAUAUAAAAUUUGUAAGCAUUGAAUACAGGUUGUAAAUUCAUAAAAGUAUAUUUAAAAAAUGGUUUUAAGUCUGUGCAGCUUAAACCACAACCUCAUCAUACCAAGUAAUCACAAUUUCUAAGUCUUAAUUUGUGAUUGAGAUAAAGAGAAAUGGCAUCAUCUGCUAGGUGAUAUUUUUCAUUUGUGGGUGAGUCAGUCAGUCAGUGUCUUGAGAUUGUAGGAAAUGCAGGGAAUGUCACACAACUGACAAAGUGCUGAGUAUGACUUGCAUUGUGAUAUUGAGUUAUAUGUUCUCUUGACAGACUUGGAAAAUGUAUUCCAAAGACAAGCAUUUUAUUUUUAUAACACUGUAAUACACUAGGAUUGUUUGUUUGAUAUUUAUGUAAUUAUAUUGUAUAUAUAAGAUUAUUGAACUGUGCAGGUGACAUGCAAAAUCAGUUUACAUUUCUUAAAGAGCAGUCUGUCAGGAAUGUGGAUCAAAUCAUUUGGAUGACAUUGAUAUUUCCAUUCAUAGCACUGUUAUAAUACUGUUACUGUAUUUUCAAAGGUUUAUCUUUGAGCCACUGUGAUUGGUAGAUUGUGAUAUGGGUGAUUAACAUUGUAAUGCAGUGUACUACAGUGCAGACCAUGUCCAAGAAAACAAACUGGAUAGAUUCUGAAAGUGUGUCACCUUGGACGAAAUAGCCAUGUCAAAGUUGCCAUCAUUUAUGGCAUGGCUGCCAGUAUGUUAUUGCAUGGACAUAUUUUUGACACAGCCCAAAUAAGUAAAUGAUUAUGUACUAGGUGGUCUGUACAUAUCAAGUAUUCAAAAGAUUACAGGACAUAUUGAUAACCACAAGUCAGUACAUUUAAGCAGCCAAUAUAUAUUUUUUAAUUCCAAGUGGUCAUAGAAAAGUACAAUAUAUUAAUUCUGGCAAAAUGCAUGAAAACAUUUCACACAGUCUAAUUCUAUAGGACUGAAUCAGCUUUAUAAUAGAGCCUACCAGUGGUUCCAUAGACACUAUUUCAUGUCCAUUGAUUUGUGGGUUAGGAAAUAAAUUCAGUUUUACAUUUAAAAGUAUCAUAAAUUAUUAAAAUAUAUUUUUUUAUUUGGCAGUAUCAUAGCAGUAUGUACCAGAUGAGCUCUUGUGAACCUUGAUUCCUCUGACAGUGCUGAUGAAGUUUCUGUAUUCUUGAAACUGAGGCAUGAAAAUGGAAGUAUAGGUGAUAGGAGUCAUCUUCUGGAAGGUAGACAGGCGUAUCAACCAGCUGUUUCAAGUGCCUUGCUGUCAGAUGGGCUUACCUCAUUGUGCUUUGAAAUUUACAGACUUCUUUAAGUUGUUUAUGUUGUCUUAUACUAUGUGUGUGUGUGUGGGGG